AUGAAAACAACAAACAAAGCGAGUGAUUCUUCCCAGCAAAAAACUCCCUCUCGCAAGAGGAAGUACAAGGAAGAUAAUGAACAUGCAUCAUCAUCAGCUUCCGAGAACACUCUUCACCAUGAUGAAAUAUCAUCAACAACAAACGAGCAAAAAGAAAACAAUUCCGAAGCCAAUCAUUCGCUUGAAACUCAAGAAUUAAUUGUGGAAAGAAUUAAGAGAAAAAAGACUUUGGAGCCGGUGGAGCCUUCUCCACUCGUUGAAAAACUUCAAGAGGAUACCUUUCAAGAGGAUGAGGAAGACUAUGAUAUUGUUUUAAAUCAUGGAUUUACUUUGGAUAAGCAGGAUAUAUUGAUGGCUGAACAGCAGACAUCAUUCGUUCCGAUUGAAUGUUUAUUGCUGGAUGAAGGCGAUUCGGUUCCAGAUUUCAAGACUGUUUCAUCCAAUCACGCUAGGAAAAUUAACUUGUUAAAACUCUCUAAGAAACACAAGUACAUUUUGUUGUACUUUUUCAGGGAUAAUAAGGAAAAGUUGAAAAGGACUGAUCUUUCACAAGUCUUUUCGGAGGAUUUAAGUAAAUUUAAGGAGAAGGAGAUUGCAGUGAUUGGAAUUUCCAAUUCAAAAACAUUGGACAAGAGUAAUGAGUAUGAACAGGAUAUUAUAUUGGAUAAGGAUUUGAAGAUUUGUAGGGAAUUUAGAUGUUUGGACGCCAAGUUGAAAAAACCACAAUCUGUUACUUAUCUAAUUUCUAAGGAUUUGAAAGUUUUGCAUAUUUUCCACAAAAUUUCAGAACAUCAAAUUGUGGAAGAGAUUUUGAGUUUUAUUAAGGAGGUUGAGAGUGGAAAGUUUUCUGAACAGUUGAAAGCAGAGAAGAAAUUGACACAUUUUCCAUUGAUGGAUUCGAUUCAUGACGCAAGCAGUAGACUUUUGGCUUGCAUAACGGGUGAAACUUUGCAUGACAAUGUUGUAGAGUUCAUAUCUGAAGGAGAGGCUCUUGAUACCCUCUUUAAUGCCUGUCAUGAAAUGAUUCGUUCCCUCCAAGUAAUAGAACCAAAGACUAGGAAAACAUGGGAAAUUAUCAUUCUCUAUCUGAAAAAGACUAUCUCAGUCUGUCACAAAAUUCACAAGGACUAUUCAGAUAGAGUGAGUGAUUCUUUUAUCGAGUUUUGGCCAAAGUUUUGGAAUAAGGUAUUCAAUCUAUUCUCAGAAUUGAGAAAUGAUGAAAGAAUUACCUCACUCCAGAGACACGAAUUGGUCGAUAAGAUGAUCCUCAUUGAGAAGGAGGGAAAUCUUGGAUCUAGGAUGGGUACUUGCAGAAGUACCUUUGAAAAGAAGGAAAAGAAAAGAUAUCUACAUAUUGUAUUUGAGAAUUUCAAAAAGAGACCCACUAGAGAGCACUUUUUAGAAAUUGAGAGAAACUUUUACGAUCACAGCUCUGAUUCUAGAGAGGAAAUUUUGCAGAAAAUGAUCGAUUUUUGGAUUAAGAAUAUUGAAACACAUGCCAAAGAUAUUUUAUUUGUGUCUUGCAAUGGAAAACAUGCCAAGAUUUACGAGAUUAUGAAAAUGCUUGGAACAGAUAUUGAAUCAAGCUUUGAGGAAAUGCACGCUGCCAAAACCAUCGUAUCGACCUAUCCAGAUUUUGUGAAGGAAUUGGCCUUAUCGAGAAUGAAAUCCAUCUGCACUAAAAUGCUCACUGUAUUGAAUGGAAGAAUGAAAUAUUUGAUGAGUACUAAUAAGAAAGAUUCGUCUCACUUACAACUUCUCACCCACUUCAACUCUAAGAAAUUCACCUCCACAAAACAAGAAGAGCUCAUCAAGACAAUAGAUACUCGAUUCGAGGAGGAAAUUAAAUCCAAAACAGAACAGCACCAUCAAGGUAUUGACAUUCCCUACUAUAAAUUCCCACCUAUUGGAAAGGUUUUCCAAGAUUGGACUCUCAUUCUGAGAGAAGCCAUUCAGAAAGUGAAAAAAACAAAUCAAUUUAAAAAUAUGGAAGAAAACAAUCAAGCAGCCCAGUUCGAAGAGUUUCAAGUUUUACAGUCGAUUUAUGCUGAUGAUAUUCAGCAACUCUCGCCGUCUUGUUCUAAUGAUGAUAAUAAUAAUCUUGAUCAUGGCAAUAACAUUGAAGAUAAUUUAUUGUCAUUCCGAUUGAAAAUUCCAUCAUUAAUAGAGAGACAAAUAAUCACCUCGAAGAAGACUGAUCACUUGUAUCACUUGUUUCAAACUGGUUUAAUUUUGAGUGUUGAAUUUCCUUCGGGAUAUCCAACUAGUGAUGUGCCCCAAAUUAAAAUCCAAUCAGCCAUGGAAAAGGUUUUUAUUUAUUGUCCUCCUGAAAUGUAUGAAGAACAUGAAGAGUUUAAAGAGAUGAGAAGAGUGGCACAAGAAAUUCAAGAGAAGGAAAUUGAAGAUUUACUUGAGAUUUUGAAUAAUAAGGCAAGGGAUUCGAUUGGACAAGUUGUCAUGUUUAUUCUCAUUCAAGAUGUUGAGGAUUUUCUGGUGGAAAAGAGUUCAGCAAUCAAGGAUUUUGAUUCAGAAUUGGUGAAUAAGGGAAAUGACAUUCAGAAACCAAAGGUUAAGCAAUCAAAUCCAACUGAUGAUCUUGAAAAGUUGGAACGUACUAUUUUGCACUAUAAGAAAGAUACCAAGAAGGGUUAUUAUGCAUUUGUGGAUAGUUUUUAUUCAUCACUUUCAUUUACAAAGGAAUGUGUUGAGAAGAAGAAGGGAAUGCAAAGAAUGAUGAUGACAAGUUGUAACAUGGAUUCAAAGGUUUAUACUUGGGGAGGUUUAACAGAUCCAAAGACUUAUUCAGCUGAAAUUUAUACUGGACGAAUCACAGGUGCAGGAAUUGAAUGGCAAACAGCAGGUAAACUUGCUAGUCCAAUUUGUGGACAUUCCUCCUGUGUUUAUGACAAUAGAUUGUACACACUUGGAGGUUAUGGAAAAUCUGGAUAUACAAAUGAUUUUAACUGUUAUGAAUGGCAUGGUGGAUUUACAAGUUUUGAAAAAGUGGAAUCUAUUGCUUCUGAUAUUUCACCAAGGGCUGGUGCUGCUAUUACUCAAUCUCAAGGAAGAAUUUUCAUAUUUGGAGGUCAUAAUGAUGGACAAAUAUUCAAUGACAUGCACUACUACGAUAUUGAAACCAAAUUAUGGACAAACAAAACAACUCAGACUAAUUUUGUGCCCCAGCUUACAAUGGCCACACUACUUAUGAGAGAUUCUAAUACACUGGUACUGUACGGAGGAUUUGAUGGCUCCAAUUGGAAUACUAACUUUUUUGAAUAUAACAUUAAGGAAAAUAGGUGGCUUAUUGUCCCUUCUGUCCCUGAUAAUGAUUUUGAUAGUGCUGCUACCGCAGGUACUAUUCAGACACUUACUGACUCCUAUGUUCUAUUGGGUGGUUGUUCAACUCGUUCCUUAACAUUCAAUUCAUAUGGAGCAUUCUUGAAUAGAAUACUCUUCCAAAAGAAAUCGAUUACAUCUGAACACUCGGUAAGAUGUUUUAGAAGUGAUAAGAUUCUGAAGAGUCAAAAAUCAGCAGUUGUUGCACAAUCAGAGACAUACUUUAAAUGGUUGGAAACUACCCAGCCAGAUGAUGCAGACUUGGUUUUCAUUUUCACUCCAGAAGAGGAAGAAUCAGAGGUCCUAACAGAAAGAGAAAAACUUCCAUGUUGUGCACACAAACUCAUCCUUCAACGUUUUCCAGAAUUAAAAAAGAUGAUCAUGGUUGCAGAACUGAGAAAGCUAGGUUUAGAUGUUAAUUCUUCAAAUUUGGAUUCCUAUGAGUUGAAUCAUGGAGAUUUAACUUAUAUCAGAAUUAAUUAUGUGCCAGAAGUGAAACAUCUCAAGAGAGCUUUCAUAAGAGUCUUGCAAUAUAUUUAUUCUGGAAUGUUUGAUGCUACCGAUUUGAAAUCUGAACAUUUUAAGGAUAUUUUUCAAAUGGCUGUUCAUUUCAAAAUUACUCUACUCGUCCAAUCAUUACUGAGAGAGCCUUCAUUGAGUUCAUUCCUCUCUCAUAACUUCAAGACUUUGGAAAAGGAAUUACCAUCAUUCCUCAAGAUUAGUCCAAAUGAAGAUGUUGAAGAUAUUGAAGAAUUUAGAUCAAUGCUAUCUAACGAUCCAAACUCUGUUCCAGAUGUAAAACAAGGUCUCGUUAGAAUUUUAGCUCCAGAUCACACUUACAACCCACCAAUUUACAGAUCCAUCAAUGUACACAAAAUGAUCCUUUGUAUUUCAUCGAAAUACUUUGCUGCCACAUUUAACUCUCAAUUUUUCGAAGCUCAAAAGAGAAUUCUUAUCAUGGACUCUAUCAGUAUACAGAGCUUGGUGGUAGUGAUGAGUUUCAUUUAUUGUCCGAGUUAUCCUUUGGAUUUAAAUUCUGGAAAUGCUGUGGAAAUUUAUGUUCUGAGUCACUUGUUGGAAUUGUCAUUGCUACAAGAUAAGGCCAGAGCAACUAUCAAACAAUUUGAAUUUGAUGAAUAUACAGCAUUGCAUAUUUUGGAAAUUGCAAAUGAAUUUGGAGAUGCUGUCUUGCAGGAUUAUUGUUUCUUCCUCUUGGCCAGGAAUUAUGACGAUAUCCUCCAGAGGGAUCCACAAAUAUUCGACGAGUUAACACCAGAGCAGAGAGUGAACAUUUACAAGAAGCAUUUAAUCAAAAAGUAAUAAAUGAUAAAGCAGAUGCUCAAAUAUUUA